AUGUGGGAUCGACAGAAACAAGCCUGGGCGGUUGUUCUUCUAAGCAACGUGCUGAUGAACACCGUGAUCGCCACCCCGAUCUAUAUUCCCCAAUUUGUCCCAGCAAGUACUGGAAGGAACAUCAGGAACCUGCCGUGCGUGUCACGACGAACCGGCGAGACCGGCGUUUGCAUGUUCGCGUUCACAUGCGCGAAGGCGAACGGCACGCAUCUCGGGACCUGCAUCGAUCGCUUCUACUUCGGUAGCUGUUGCAAGAUCGACGAGGAGCCGGACAUUUUUCCGCAGGAUAACAGCAUCGACGACGGCACGCCGGCGAGGCCGUUCGUCACGACCAACGGGCCGAUCGAGAGCAACGACAUACCCGAGUACUUCUCAAGGCCGAGGCCGAUCGACGAGAGGAAACCACCUGGAACGCAGCCCGUCGAGGUAACGACCAAUACUUACACCACUGAAAGUACUCGCACGCAUUCUACGACCACAGAGGAAACGACGAAACUCGCGACGAAAAAGCCGAUACUGACCACCGUCGAAGCGACCACGCAACCGGUUCGGUUAUCAACCUUUCAAACCGUGGAGAAUUCCACGAAAGUGGAUUCGACCACGGAAACCCCGCAUAGAAUCGUCGUCAGUACUGUUCAACAGCCGCAAAAUACGUCCAGCACGAUCGUGACCACAAGCAAACCUUCCACGCUGACCCCUUCGAUCGUUUCGAGGCCAACGACGCCGGAAACAUCAACGAAACUAUCGUCCACCACGCAAACCUCCGUCCAAACGUCCAAGCCGAUCACAAAGAAACCGAUUCAUUCAUCUUCGUCUCACAAACCAACGCACCCAGCGACCCACAAACCGACCCACGCUACUGUCCAUAAGCCCACGGAGACAACGACACCGAGACCUCUGAAAACGACCACCGAAAAAACAACGGAAUCAACAACAUCGAGAACAAUCUCUACAACCACCGAGAAGAUCGUCCCGGUGACGAGAUUUCCGCCAAGGAACGCGACCACGAGCAAACCAUCGACUCAAUCCAGUACCAGAAGACCUAUCAGCAGUACCAAAAGACCAACGACGAUCGGUACCAGUACAAAGAGACCAACCAGUACCACGAAGAAGCCAACCUCGCCUGUUAAACGACCUGUUACCAAACCGACCAGUUCCAGUUUCGGGACCACGGUACCAUUAACCACGACGUUAACUCCAACUACGGUCAAAGACCAGCCAACCAUCGCGACCACCACCGAAAGUACUUCCUCGUCAGCGGGAACAAAACCUGCCAGCACGUUCGCCGCUGUGUCAAGUAUAACCACCCCCGUCACGUCGAAGCCGAUUCAUAAAACAAAGCCGACGACGAUCAGAACGACCACCUCGAGACCGUUCACAACGAUCACGAAGCCGAAACCUACGAGGAUCGGUACAACCACCACGAAAACGGUGCCUAAACCCGAAUAUACGAGUACCACCGAGAAAACGGUACCACUGUCGUCCAUCGAACCCACCACCGUCCCUGUUACGAAACCUCGGCCAACGAUUGAGACGAAACCUACAAAACCAUCGAGCAAACCAACCAUUAGACCCAUCACUACUACUCAACCGACUGUGUUCGUCUCCACCGUGACGGACACGAGCCCUGUGACCACCUCGGAACCAAUGACGACAUAUGCUUCGACAAAAGUGCCGGUUCAGACUGUCGGACAGACUUUAGAAGAAAUUCCACAGACGACACAAUCGCCUGGUCUCGUCACGUGGACCUCCACUUCGGAUGAUACCACUACAAAAACACCGGAGAUAUCUUCUACGACGACUGCACAGACCGAUCAAACCGAAAGCGAAUGGACGCCGAUCACCACGCCGGACGGCUGGAUCAUGAUCCAGUCGCCGAGCACGAAGAAACCGGAGAUCUCGGAGGAUACUACGAUUAGACCGAUCCUUGAAUCUACUUUGCAACCCACCACUUCGGGCAAACCAGCCCUCGAUACUACUAUGGAAUCUGUAACGAAAAGGCCGACCAUAUUGACAACCCUUUCUACAAUCGCGAGCGUGACGAUAGCCACGGAUUUGCCGGUACCUAUGGAAACACUGAACAUGUCAGAUUACAAGCAAGUGUGCGGAAGAAGACUGUUCCCGGAAUCUCGUAUCGUCGGUGGUAGUAGAAGUUCGUUCGCAAAAUGGCCUUGGCAGAUCUCGUUACGACAAUGGCGAACCUCGACGUAUCUGCACAAGUGCGGCGCAGCUUUGCUCAACGAGAAUUGGGCCAUAACCGCGGCGCACUGCGUGGAAAACGUACCACCGAGCGAUCUGUUGCUACGAAUCGGUGAACACGAUCUCGCAAACGAGGACGAACCCUACGGCUACCAAGAAAGAAGGGUCCAAAUUGUCGCCAGUCAUCCUCAAUUCGACCCUCGAACAUUCGAGUACGAUCUCGCCUUGUUGCGAUUCUACGAGCCGUUGUUGCCCUUCCAACCGAACGUUCUGCCGAUCUGUUUGCCGGACGACGACGAAAAUUACGUCGGUCGGACCGCUUACGUCACCGGCUGGGGUCGACUCUACGACGAGGGCCCGUUGCCGUCCACGCUCCAAGAAGUGGCUGUACCGGUCAUCAACAACACGGUGUGCGAGACAAAGUUGAUAACAAAUGAAUUUUAUCUUUACCAAUUUUCUUUUUUCGUUGUGAGAAUUGUAUUAAAAAAGGACCACAAACUUUCUCCGUAGGGUGACAGUGGAGGACCGAUGGUGAUCCAAAGGGCGCGCGACAAACGAUGGAUCCUCGCCGGAGUGAUCAGCUGGGGGAUCGGUUGCGCGGUACCGAACCAGCCUGGCGUGUACACGCGAAUCUCCGAGUUCCGUGAAUGGAUCAACCAAAUCCUCCAGUUUUAA